AUGCUGAGAGAGGAAUACAAUCAGAUAUGUCGUUCGAUAUGGCCCAAUCUAACAAAGGAAGAAUAUUUUCGAAAUGUUUAUGCAGGUAUGCAAAGGUAUUUUGAGAGUCAGACUUGCCGAGAGGGCCGCGACGAUUGCGCUAUCAUUCUCUCUAUCAUAGAUGAGCUGAUGUCAAAGGAGCACACGUUAGUCUCCAGAUCUAGCUACAUCGCUGCUGUCAGAACCAAACUCUCUAGACCGUCAUCUGAAGCGACUGUAUUGAGCUACAGUGAGCGAACACUCCGAAUGAUGUUGAACCUGGACAUUCGGGUUGGACAGGGACGAGAAUCUAUAUCACGCGUCGGGUCAUUUACGAUUGACUGGGAUGACCUUACUUCACUGGGAGAAGCAAUUGAGAACCAUUUUGCCGUUGACAGCCGUCGUGCGGUCACAGGUCGGAUUGACCCAGCCCUCUCUUUGGGCUACCUCUGUACUCAUAGAGGUUUUAAAGUAUUCUGGACGUCAAACAUCAGCGAGCAUUUACACAUUAGUUGGAAAUCCAAGAUAGUGAUGGUUUAUGAGCACAAGUUAUUCCUCUGGAAUCAUCUCCGCAACUCAGAGUCACCGAUCAUACCACGACUAGUCCUAGAGGAGGCUAUCGACACACUCAAUUUACUCUUCCCUCUCAAUGAUCGUCUGACUACUAAAUUUCUAGCCCAGAAUGGCAAGGAAUUUCAAGGUCUCGGCUACUGCUCCAGAUCCAGGGACAUAUGCCUUGAUAUAGGGAACUUCAAAGUUUGGAGAGAGCGCAUUGCUGAGCUGGUCGAGGUCAUGAAUGAAGAGCCAAAGGGACUGAAGCAGCUGGUCCUAGAGAAAGAUGGAAGGAAUCUCUUACCUUUUGUCACCUUCUGGGUCGCGGUUGUUGUUGCUUUCCUAUCACUCCUCAACCUUCCAUUUGCGAUGGUCUCUAUGAAUUAUUCUAUCAAGCAAUAUGACCUUGCUCUGGCACAAGCGUGCUCCGAACCAAAUGCGCAAAACACACUGCCUAAGUAUUGUUCAGCAUGA